UCCAAUUGAUUAAAUUGAUUCUUUUGUCCAUUUUUACUUUAAUUCAUUUUUUUUAUUAUGAUUUAGAUUUAAUUAACUAUUAGUGAUAUUCUUUGUGAUAAUAUUUAUCUGUGAUUCUAAUGGGAUAUAAGUGUAAAUGUUAUUACAUUUACUUUUAGAUGUUGACAUGUGCUUGAUGUUUUUUUUAAUGAUGAUCAUCGAUUGAUUUGUAGUUUUAUUAAUUGAUUGGUUUUUUUUGUUGUUAUUUAAGUGGGAAUAUAAUUUUUUUAAUUUAUUUUAUUCGACCAAUGAAUAGUCAAUCUAUUACUGGUUUUGGUGGGAUGGGUGAUCGUGGGGAUGAUAAAAGAGCUCGAAGGAAAUUUGCUGAUCGAUCACAACGAGUUAAAGUCUAUGAGAAACAAUCUGCCUUGGAACAGUUAAUGUUGAAAAAAUAUUCUUCAAUCAAAUAUUCUAAUGCUGAUUCAUAUUUUAUCAAUUAUCGUGAAGAUAAAUUGAAUGGAGAAGAUAACGAGGAUAUACUUACAAUUACUCAGAAAAUGAAAGAUCUUGAGGAUCGAUUUGAAAAUGAGCUUUUAAAUCGAGCGAGAAAAAUUAUCUCCACUAAACCACCGAUUGUUAUUCAACCUAGAAAACAGAAACUUCAUAAACCUCAUCAUCAUCAUCACCAUCAUCAUGCAUGUUCAGAUUCACCUUUUCCAUCAUCCUCAUCAUGUUCUUCUUCAACCUGUAGUUCAGAUGAAGAAGACGAAGAAGAUACCGCUUUUGAAGAAUUGGAGAGAAAAAAACUUCACCCUUGGCGACUUCAUGAGGAACUUUGGUUCAAUGAUCCCGGUGAAAUGAACGAUGGGCCACUUUGUCGAUGCUCGGCCAAAGCUAAAAGAUCAGGAAUCCGCCAUGGUAUUUAUCCGGAGGAGAAAAUCGCUCAUUGUAUUCCCGAAACAAACAACGCUAAUCACCUUUACCAUUAUCGAUUGAAUAUAAGCCCAUUGACAAAUUAUAUUUCUAAAUUUCCAACUACAAUCGAACACAACAAUGGCGAAUAUUUGUUCGAAGGUUUCUCAAUUUUAUCUCAUUCUCCAAUUCUCAACUAUCCACCAUGUAAACUGAUUCGUUUUAACAUUGAAUAUACUAUAACUUUGGUGGAAGAAAAAUUUCCUGACAAUUUUUCCGUUCGAGGUAUUGAGAUGAUAACUGAAUAUCUGUUCAAAGAAAUAUUGGAAUUAGUUGAUCUUAAUUGGCAUGCUGCGAAUGCGACACCAACAGGUUUCGAUGAUUGUCCACAAUUUCAUCUAUUUCCUCGAUUCUCAAGACAGAUUGAAGAAAAUGGUAAAGAACUUUUAUCUUUAAACAUUAUCAUGAAAUACCUUUUAUCUCAAAGUGGUGAAUUGAUCAAAGAAUCAGAUUUAAAGAGAAUACAAUCAAUGAAUGACUCAGAGUGGCUCGAAUUUGUUGACACCGUUCGAGGAAUGAUCGUUACUUAUCCUGGUAUGAAACCAUGUUCACUUCGAGUCGAUCAAAUUGAUAAAAACACUGUGACCACAAACGAUGAUCCAGAUAAACCAGUUCAACCCAGUGAAUUAAAACCAGACUCUGAUGAUGCGUUUCCAGUGAUUGUACAUUUCGGUAUUCGACCUCCACAGUUAAGCUAUGCCGGUAACCCGAAGUACCAAAAAGCCUGGAGAGAUUAUGUCAAAUUCCGUCAUUUACUUGCCAACAAGCCGAAAGUGAGUUACGUUGAUAGACAAACAUUGUUACAAAAAGAGGAGAAAUUACAAGAGAUGCGAACCAAAAAUGACCUUAAACGCGAUGUUACCGUUGUUAUAAGUUCGAAGGGUUUCCACAAGACGGGAAUCUAUUGUGAUGUAAUCCAACACGCUCUCCUAAUUCCAGUGGUAAUUUGUCACCUUCGGUUCCAUCAAUCGUUGGCUCAUUGAGAGAUUCUAGAUUAUCCAUUCAAGGAUCGUUAUCUUUUACAAUUGGCCUUAACUCAUCCCUCUUAUCGUGAAAAUUUUGGUACCAAUCCGGAUCACGCUAGAAAUGCUCUAACAAACUGUGGUAUCCGUCAACCUCAUUAUGGUGAUCGUCGAGUCCACUUUAUGAAUACACGGAAAAGAGGAAUCAACAUGUUGAUCAAUAUCAUGUCUCGAUUUGGUUGCCCAGAGGAAACAGCGUCAAACAUUAAUCACAAUGAGAGACUUGAAUUUCUUGGUGAUGCUGUGGUCGAGUUUCUUUCCUCGAUUCAUUUGUACUUUAUGUUUCCCGACCUGGAAGAAGGUGGUCUGGCCACUUAUCGAGCGGCCAUCGUUCAGAAUCAACAUCUUGCUGUUUUGGCCAAAAAGCUUCAAUUAGAAAAGUAUAUGCUUUAUGCUCACGGUUCCGAUUUAUGUCACGAUAUUGAACUUCGACAUGCAAUGGCCAAUUGUUUCGAAGCUCUAAUGGGCGCCCUAUUUUUGGAUGGUGCAAUUAACGUAGCCGAUCAAGUUUUUUCCAACACUUUGUUCAAAGAUGAAGAUUUGCUGUAUGAAGUUUGGGUCAAUUAUCCGCCUCAUCCAAUUCAACAGCAAGAGCCCGGCGGUGAUCGAAUGUACUUGGCCACAGUUCCCCGUCUUCAGGAACUUCGAGAAUUUGAAGAAAUGAUUGGGAUUGAAUUCACUCACAUUCGCUUACUGGCUCGAGCUUUCACCCAUCGAUCAGUUGGUUUCAACAAUUUAACUCUUGGUUCCAACCAACGGAUGGAAUUUCUUGGUGAUACCGUUUUACAAUUAGUGGCCUCCGAAUAUCUUUAUAAAUACUUCCCUGAACAUCAUGAAGGUCACUUGUCGCUUCUUCGUAGUUCCCUAGUAAAUAACAAAACUCAAGCAGUUGUUUGUGACGAUCUGGGAAUGACUCGAUACGCUGUUUUCAAUUAUGCCAAAGGUGAACUAAAGACCAAAGAUCGCGCUGACCUUUUGGAAGCUUUUCUUGGUGCUCUUUAUGUGGACAAAGGUCUUGAAUAUUGUCGACAUUUCUGUGGAGUUUGUUUCUUCCCAAGGUUGGAAGAUUUCAUCAUGAAUCAAGACUGGAACGAUCCUAAAUCUAAAUUACAACAAUGUUGCCUUACAUUACGGUCCAUUGACGGCGGCGAACCCGAUAUUCCCAUUUAUAAAGUCAUUGAAAGUUUGGGUCCAACCAAUACGAGAGUUUAUAAAGUUGCUGUUUACUUUAGGGACAAACGACUCGCUACUGGAAAAGGUCACAGUAUCCAAGAAGCCGAAAUGGACGCAGCAUCAAACGCACUGGACAAUGCAAAAGGUUUAUUCCCGCAGCUAAGUCAUCAACGAAGAGUAAUGGAAAGAAGCUUCAAAAUUUAGACGAUUCAAUUACUCUAGUUGCCAACAAUCAAUUUUAAUUUAUAUCAUCAAUCCUGGUCAUCUAAUUUUAUUAAUUUUUUUCUACAAUUAACUUACCAUGUUUAAUAUUCUGUCUAUCUUGAUAGAGAGGAAAAAAAAUGAAUGAUUAAAAGUUAAUUUUCUAUUCGAUUGAACAA